CAAAUUACUAUCUACACAUGCUGAGGCUUACUUUUGAUUCUCUUUCUAUAAUGUCAUUUAGUGUUAUGAUGAUCGAAGAUCGUGUUUUGACGUCAUUUUGGCAAAUUGAAUCACUAUCUUGGUAGCCAUCUUGCUUUCGAUGAACGGUCUGGGAGCGCGGUAGUUGGUACCAGACUAUCAGGUGCAAAAUAUCCAGUUCGUAAUACAUCCAAGUGAUCCAACUAGUAGGCUAUGCCAUCAUUAGUUAUGGAAGUGUUUUGUAACGAGACUUUGCUUAUUUUAUUUUUUUAUAUCAUAGCUAGACCAAGAUGUAAGACUUCUCUGCAUGGAAUUACUGUUUGUGAGGCCUGUAUUGGAAGAUGCAGGCCGUGCAGCAGGCUGGAGGGCAGAUGGCCCACAUCAUUCAGACAGCCAAUGGUCAGCUGAUGCUGCAGACCUUGACAAAUGCAGCACCUGCUCCCAUACAAGUUACAAAUGCACAGCAUCCUCAGCUGCAGCAAAUACAAGUUGUUCCUAUAUCUGGCCUUCAGGGAGGUGGAGGCCAGCUUGUGUUGCAGACUAAUGGUGCUGCAACCCAGCAAGCAGCACAGAUUCUCCAGACCACCGACGGUCAGACUCUGCUGUAUCCUGUGCAGAUUGACUCUCAGGGCAACAUCAUUCAGCAACAACCUCAACCUGGUAGCAUCAUCCAGUUGACGACAGCACCUCCCCAGCAGCAGCCCCAACAGAGUGUUGCCCAAGUGCCCGCUACCGCGAGCAGUCCCCCUCAUAUAGCCACGAGUCCCGUGUCUGCAGCGGCGCAGGUGGCAGCUCCCCAGCAGGCGACGCAGGUGCCCGUGCAGCACGGCACUCAGGUCGUCACGCACUCGCAGGGCGCAUUGCCUGCCAAUGUCCUAAUGGUGAAUAAUGGAGCAGCAACGGUACCACAAAUACAGCGGGUUCCUAUAACGGGAGCCACGGAAGUGGUGGAGGAAGAGCCGCUCUACGUCAACGCCAAGCAAUACCACAGGAUACUCAAACGCAGACAAGCCAGAGCAAAGCUUGAGAGUGAUGGCCGGAUACCCAAGGAGAGGCGGAAAUACUUGCACGAGUCACGACACCGACAUGCCAUGAACAGAGUACGAGGAGAGGGAGGGCGCUUUGAUAAGGGCACAUCACCAGAGCGUCAGAUGCUGGAUAAUCUGUCUGGCAUUGGUCUUCAAGUGAGCAGUGAAAUGGAGCUGCUGACCAACAGCGUAAAUGGCCACGCCUAGUCAACUUGCUGGCUCAAUAGCCAAAAGUUGUAACUUAGUUUGACGCAAUUACGAGGUCAGAUUUUCCAUCAGGGGAGCCACAUCGUAAGAGCGGCCUCAGUAAAAAUGAUGAGCUGAGGUCCGUAUUCUUCAAGGGAUGGUCGUUUUUACCGUGUGGCUUUCCAUUAUUGAUCGAAAAUUAUGUACAAAGCGUGUCUGUGUACUGUACAAAUUGCGUUUGUAUGAAUGUAUGUACUGUACAGAUUGUGUUUGUAUGUAUGUAUGUUAGUGUCGUCGCCACUACCUUAUGAACGACACUCGUGUUCCCGCAUGUUCCUUGGGUGUUCGUACGUUUGUUGUUGAGAUCCGUUCGAUUUCAAGUUCCGUUAAGAGAAAAUUUUCCACCCAUAGUAAAUGCAUCUCGUCUGAGUCCUAAGAUGAAUUUUAGAUUUCUUCCUGAACAGCGCUUAAUUUCUUCCGUAAAUUCUUCAUAUUUUAUGUUUAUUCAAAUUAUUGACAUUACCUUUAGUUGAACGUCUUAAUUAUCCCAAUGUUGUUUGGCUCUAUUUACGCAAAUACGUGUACCCAUAACGACAGAAUUGAAUAUGAUGGCGGGCCACGUUCUAGAAUGUAGUGCGAAUUAAGGUCACGAAGGCAGCUAAAGUUGUUGCCGUAUUUUUAUACACGAUAUCGUAUAUUUACUUAUCAAUAUAGAAUAACUGUUUUGUUUUGGUCAGUUGUCUCCUACUAGUGUAUCGUCCGGUGCGGCUAAGUCGUAUUAACGUGACUCCUAUUGAACACAUAACGCAGAAAGCUAUGGACUGGCGUGACAACGGCUUUUAUCGCUCCUGUCAGAGGAAAGAGUUGAGCAUAUUGGAGCAUCGAUCUUGAAUUGGAACAAUUCGGAUUCGGGUCUAGUGCCGAGAAUUUCCUUGUCUGAUUGUGUACUCACAAGAUGUUUUAUUUUUAGUUAAAUGUGGCUGCGUUUAGAACGCACAUCGUUUGUAAUUCUUAUUAUAUCUUUUGAGUUUACUGCCUUACCAUGGCAAUUAUUUUGAAUAACAAGAAGUUCCGCUUUUGUGAGUACAAAAGAAUUGUAAUUGCGGAUAAAUUAAGGGAACGUGUCACACGUAUCUUCCUAACAAAAUAUAGUAACCCUAGCCUCUGGUAAUUAAAAUCAGAAGCUGACAAGUUAGUAAAUUUUCACUGGGUUGUUACUGUACGCAUUGUAGAUCUUGUGAAAUGAUAUAGGAUGCAGUGCCAGGGAAGGAAUUCCUGAUGACUACUUAUGAGACGUGCCCAAUUCCUACUUAGUGCAGAAUUUCCUUUAAUCUCCCGCAUUUGUAUUUUCGUGUUUUUUUUCAAAAGCAGACCUUAUACUAAUCUAUUAGCAGGGUUUUAUAUUAUGCACAAGUAAAAAUGCAGCAGCCACCAACUAACUUAUGUUCUCAGAGUGUACCCAGUUAUACCUACAUUUUGUUUCGGUAAACUGUUGACUCUAAAUUUGUAGGUUUGUUCAAAUGCAUUCACAUUAUUUGGUACCUAUAUCCUCCAAAAUGAUCUGGCGUUACCAAUACAUUACAUUCCCUAUGCAUUGAGGGGAGAUAAAGAAAGCAACUUUGUUUUGUGUCUGAAGCGACCUAGUGUAAUUUUUUUCUAUCCAUUAGUCCGUCCCUUAACAUAAUGUGUCAAUUAUUUUAAGGUGAUUAUCUCUAGUGAUUGACGUUAUUGCUGUUGUUUGCUACGAAUUACACGCGUGUUGUUGAUUUAAGCCGAGUUAUAUAUGAAUAUUGAUCAUCUCGUUUUAGCCGUAAUUCAUUUUGGAAUUGAAUCGUUUCUCUAAUGUGAUUUUAUUGAAUUUGUUGAAUGAACACAAUUUUUGCUGGCUCAUUGUGCCAUUAUUUGAAUUUUUAGAGGGGCUGCCAGUAUCAUUUAAAGUAGGAAUUGUUAUGUAGCCUGGAAAAUUUCUUUAAAUGGCUAGAUAUUCGUGACUUAUGGGAGAAGAUACUAGAUGUUGUUAUUGCUAUCUCCCUGGAACGCAGUUCGAACAUAUUCAGUAUUUUACAGAAAAAAUGUCUUGCACGCUGAUAUCACGAAUACACCUGAUGGGAGAGUUUGUUUCAGCCUUAUUUUUUGGGGGAAAAGUAAAAAUAUCCUCGAACGGUUGACCACGGGGCACGUUAUAUCAAGUUCACUACACUCGAGAGUUGGAGCACAGCCUUUCCUAGGGUAGCAUAAGUGAAAAUAUAGUAACCUAUGUAUCCCGGCAUACUAAUGAUGGAGUCUUGAAUUAUCAUCAAUCAGUGCAAAUAGCAUCAUCGUGUACAUAGUAAUCAAAUGUCCAUGUAUAGUAUGUACAUUAAUCCAUUUUUUUACCAAGUAAAUGUAACCGGCUGAAGUGAAUGUUA